GAUGAAGUUAGGUGUAGAGUUAAGUUGUGGUAUUUCCUUCAGGAAGGACUCCCCUGUAUAUCUUUUAUUUUUGCAUUUUCAUAAUUGUUAACAAGUUUAGGAUUUCGUUGUAACAGAGCAGCCGCACGUGACUGUUUACCACAGAGCUGACGACGCUCGUCUAGAAUGGGAAGCUCACUGUCACAUGUUGGACGCGGUGGCGUCACUGCUUCCUGUCCUUGCAGGGAGCUCCACGGGCUGCGCUGAUCUGGAACAGGGGUCAUCAUCCAGUGGCGAUUUUGUCCCACGGGGCAUCUGGCGAUGUCUGGGAAAGCGUUUGGAAUUGGCAGUUAGGCGGCAGUGUUGUGGCGGCCAUUCCGUGGUGCCCAGGACCGGACACGGCCACGGCCACGGCCGACGCCCCAGCGGUGCCGACUGCGAGAAGUGUGCCCAGAUGCGUGGACUCUGGGCAGGGCAGCCUCGUCUUCCUGGUUCACCAUGGCCUCAGCCUCGAGAGGUGUCACUUCUAGGAGCGGGGCCCGCCCCAGGGCGAGGGCUGCAAAGCUGCUGGAGGUGCUGAGCGCCCUGGAGGAGGAGGAGUCUGGCCCCGACAGGGAGGAGAUUUUCAUCGCCCCGCCUGACAAUGCCUCGGGAGACUUCACGGACGAGGACUCAGGGGACGAGGACGGCCGGCCAGGGGCUCAGCUGCCGGGCAGCGUGCUGCACGCCUCUGUGGUGUCUGACCACUCUGGCAGCAGUGAGGAGGAUGGAGCCCUGGAGCUGCAGCCGGCCGGCGAGAGGCAGAAGGCGGGGGCGGAGCCGCAGCGCGUGUGGACCAAGAGAGACAUCCGGCCGGACUUCGGCAGCUGGCCGGCCUCGGAUCCUCACAUGGAGGACCUCAAAAGCCAGGAGCUGAGUCCCGUGGGCCUCUUUGAGUUGUUCUUUGACGAAGGAACCAUUAACUUCAUUGUCGACGAAACCAAUCGUUACGCCUGGCAGAAGAACGUGAACCUGGGCGUCACGGCCCAGGAGCUGAAGUGUGUUUUGGGCAUCUUGAUUCUGAGCGGCUACGUCUCCUAUCCGAGGAGAAGGAUGUUUUGGGAAACCUCUCCCGACUCGCAUCACCAUCUCGUGGCUGACGCCAUCAGAAGGGACAGGUUCGAGCUGGUCUUCUCCUACCUGCACUUUGCAGAUAACAGCGAGCUGGACGAGAGCGAUAGGUUUGCCAAGGUCAGGCCCCUCAUCGUCCGCAUGAACGGCAACUUCCAGAAGCAUGCGCCCCUGGAGGAGUUCUACAGCUUCGGCGAGUCCAUGUGCGAGUACUUCAGGCACCGCGGGUCCAAGCGGCUGCGCUCCGGGAAGCCCGUGCGCCUCGGCUACAAGAUCUGGUGCGGCACGACCAGCCGGGGCUACCUGGUGUGGUUCGAGCCCUCGCAGGGCACGCUGUUCACGAAGCCGGACAGGGGCCUGGACCUCGGCGGCAGCAUGGUCAUCAAGUUUGUGGACGCGCUGCAGGAGCGCGGCUUUCUGCCCUACCACAUAUUUUUUGAUAAGGUCUUUACAAGUGUCAAACUGAUGUCCAUUUUGAGGAGAAAGGGAGUGAAGGCCACAGGAACCGUGCGUGAGUACAGGACUGAGCAGUGCCCCCUCAAAGACCCCAAGGAACUGAAGAAAAUGAAGCGGGGUUCAUUCGAUUACAAAGUCGACGAGAGCGAGGAGAUCAUCGUGUGCCGCUGGCACGACAGCCGCGUGGUCAACAUUUGCUCCAACGCCGUGGGCAUAGAGCCAGUGAGGCUGACCAGCCGGCACGCGGGGGCGGCCAAGACGCGGACGCAGGUGCACCAGCCGUCGCUGGUGAAGCUGUACCAGGAGAAGGUGGGAGGCGUCGGCCGGAUGGACCAGAACAUCGCCAAGUACAAGGUGAAGAUCCGCGGCAUGAAGUGGUACUCGAGCUUCAUCGGCUACGUCAUCGAUGCUGCCCUCAACAACGCGUGGCAGCUGCACAGGAUCUGCUGCCAGGACGCCCAGGUGGACCUCCUGGCCUUCCGGAGAUACGUGGCCUGCGUGUACCUGGAGAGCAACGCAGACACGUCCUCGCAGGGCAGGCGCAGCAGGCGGCUGGAGACGGAGAGCCGCUUCGAUAUGAUUGGGCACUGGAUCAUCCACCAGGACAAGAGGACCCGGUGCGCCCUCUGCCACUCCCAGACCAACACCCGGUGUGAGAAAUGCCAGAAGGGUGUCCAUGCCAAGUGCUUCCGGGAGUACCACAUUCGGUGACGCCUUGGCCUGCUUGCUUGACUUUGUGGUCGUGGCGAGAUACUUGCAGCAUUUCUGUGCACCACUUGCAGCACUUCUGACCCAGUUGUGUCGAGAAAAGACCCGAAUCCCUGCUGGCUGGGUUUUGUAUUUCCUCCUACCCUGUAAACAGUGCUGUUUUACUGUGUUCUAUCAUGAUGAUGCAUGAUGUCAUUAAUAUUUACAUUAGUGCUCUUAAGUGUUAGCAAAUCUGUGUUUUGUACUGCUAUUUAUUUAAACUUAUUCAAGUAAAAGUCUUGCUUUGGGAUGUAUUUGAGUUCCCAGUGAAGAUUAUCAAAGAAAAACUUGC